AUGAAUAAUUGGAAACUUUCAAAAUUUUUUAAUAAAGAAAACGAACCAGAAAAAAAUCCACAACAAUUUAUCUUGGUGAUUUUGAAUCAACCAUUAUUAAUUGAUGGUUUAUUUAAAAGAUUGUGGGGAAAUGCAAAAUAUGUUUUAUGUGCAGAUGGAGAUUUGGAUUCUUUAAGAGAUGAUGUUCGUGAUUUUUUUGAUAAAAAUGGUGUAUUGAUUGAAGAAGAUAAGGACCAAAAUUCUACAGAUUUUAAGAAAUUGGCUUUGGGCGCAACAGGCGGCAGAUUUGAUCAAGCAAUGUCACAUAUUAAUUAUUUACAUCAAUUGAAAAAUCAACAUCAAAUAUAUUUAUUAUCAAAUGAAAAUAUAAUUUUUUUACUAGAUAAGGGAAAGCAUCAAUUAUUUUGUGAUAAAAAUAUUGAAGGUCCAACUUGUGGAUUACUUCCAAUUGGUGUAGAGGCUGCUGUCAUUACCACAACAGGCCUAAAAUGGAAUCUUGAAAAUACUUCCACUUCUUUUGGAAAAUUGGUAAGUACUUCAAAUCACUUGGAAGACGAUAUUAUAACGAUCGAAACUGAUUCACCAAUCGUAUGGACUGUAGAACUUAAUCAUCAAAGUUUUUAA